AUGGCUGCUGAAGUCGUCAAUAAUGAAAAGGGCGCUUCGUCUGCCGAGGAGCUGCCCGUCGAGGCUACAGCGGGACUCAGCGAACAGGAGAAGGCCAUCAUAGAAAAGCAGACCCAUGUUCCAAGCAUGAGCAUUGGCUACUUCUCCUUGUUCAGGUAUGCGAACAAGAAAGAACGCCUCAUCAUGUUCGCCUCCUUUGUGGCCUCCAUCGGUGCCGGAGUUGUGAUGCCAUUGAUGACCCUUGUGUAUGGAAAUUUCGCUGGAACCUUCACGAGUUUCUCGGUGGAUGCUGUUGCUGCGGCCCACUUCAGGCACCAAAUCAAUACGUUCAGUCUGUAUUUCGUCUAUCUCGGUAUUGCCAGCAUUGUCUUUGUGUACUUCAGCAUCAUCGGCUUUUCCCACACAGGAGAGAAAAUCACCCAACAGAUUCGAGAGUUGUACUUGAGAGCUAUCUUCCGCCAGAACAUUGCCUUCUUUGACUUCCUAGGAUCCGGAGAGAUUACGACAAGAAUCAGUUCUGAUAUGAAUUUAGUCCAGGAUGGAAUUGGUCAGAAGAUCGGCCUCUUCGUCAGUGGAGUGUCCAUGUUUAUCGCUGCGCUGCUCGUUGGAUUCAUUCGCUCCUGGAAACUCACACUCAUCAUGUUCUCGGCCACCGUUGCGAUCGCGGCUAUGAUGGGCGUGAAUGGUCGAAACAUGCAGAUCAACCAAACAAAAUCUAUCGACGAAUAUGCCACAGCAGGGACCUUGGCCGAAGAAGUCAUUUCAUCCUCGCGAAAUGUCACUGCUUACGGAACGCAGAAGCGUCACGAGACCAAGUACAAGACAUUCCUUGACAGGGCGUCUGCCUUUGACUUUCGCGGAAAAUUCUGGCUCACGUCGAUGAUUGCGGGCAUGAUGGGCGUGCUAAAUCUGCAAUAUGCUCUAGCAUUUUGGCAGGGUCACAGGUUCUUGCAGUCUGGGGAGCUCGGCGUAGCGCAAAUUCUCACGGUUGUCAUGUCGUCUAUGAUAGCCGGAAUCUCCAUUGGUCACACCCUUCCACACAUUGCAGCCUUUGGCUCUGCUGUCGCCGCUGCCACCAAGGUUUUCAACACUAUAGAGCGUGAAACGCCGAUCAAUCCUGAAAGCGAGGAGGGCCUAAAACCAGAAAAAUAUGUUGGCGUAAUCGAGUUCAAAAAUGUCAAGCACAUCUACCCAUCGCGACCCGAUACGACUGUUCUAGAAGAUUUCAAUUUGACGGUACAGCCCGGCAAGAUAGUCGCCCUUGUGGGUGCUUCAGGGUCAGGAAAGUCGACGAUCUUUGGUCUUCUGGAACGCUUUUAUCUCCCCAUGGCCGGCCAAGUCACCUUGGAUGGCAACGAUGUUAGCGCGCUGAAUCUUAAAUGGCUCCGACGACAAAUGGCAAUAGUCAGCCAGGAACCGGUUUUGUUCAGUACUACAAUCUACGAAAGUAUUUCCCAUGGUCUUGUUGGGACCGAGCAUGAACAUGCUGCGGACGAAGUUAAACUGCAACUCAUCGAGCAAGCUGCCAAGAUCGCCAACGCUUACAACUUUAUUGACGAGCUUCCUGAUAAAUUUCAAACCAAAGUAGGCGAGCGCGGCAACCUGCUGUCUGGUGGCCAGAAACAACGUAUUGCUAUUGCCAGAGCCAUCGUAUCGGAUCCGAAAAUUUUACUUCUUGAUGAGGCCACUGCGGCUUUGGACACCAAAUCAGAGAGCGCAGUCCAGGAGGCACUCGACAAGGCAUCUAAGGGCCGCACCACCAUCGUCAUCGCCCAUCGUCUUUCCACAAUCAAGAACGCCGAUAAUAUCGUAGUAAUGGCCAAGGGUAGGAUCGUCGAACAAGGCACGCACGACGAACUUCUAGCUCUCGGAACCGUUUACCACAGCCUCGUGCAGGCCCAAGAACUUACUUCGCAUAUUCAUCCUGGAGCUCAAAAUGCCACCAAAGAUGGAAAUGGCCAGGUUGUUUCUGACGCUGAAAAAUUGGAGCUUGUACGAACAGCCACCACUAGGCCGGAGUCAGUCAAGGCAUCUAUCAUGGGCAAAGAAAAGAAAGAGACAACUUGGGAGUUGAUAAAGUUCAGCUGGCAGAUGAAUGACGGCGAGCAUAUGCUGCUUAUUGCUGGAUUUACCUUCUGCUUCCUCGCAGGCGCGACACCAGCUAUACAGGCCAUUUUCCUGGGUAAUUCAAUCACGUCACUACUGGCACCAGAACUAACAAAUGGCGGCCACGAUGUUAAGUUUUGGUGCUGGAUGUUCUUCAUGUUGGGCAUUGUUACUUGGAUACUCUACUUCUUGCAAGGAGCUGCUUUGUCUCGAGGAUCAGCUCGCCUUAUUGCUCGCGUCCGCGAGAAGGCUUUCAGCUCUGUACUCCGCCAAGACAUUGAGUUUUUCGAUGGUGAUACUGUUACUUCGGGUUCUCUAGCAACGUUUCUAUCCACCGAGGCCAACCGGUUAGCAGGUGUCAGUGGGUCUACAUUGGGAUCUAUCAUCAAUGCCGGGGCUUCCGUAGUCGUUGCUGUGAUUGUUGGUCUUUCUUUUGGUUGGAAGCUUGCGCUGGUUUGCACUUCAACAAUCCCGAUUCUACUCCUUUGCGGCUACUUCAGAUUCUAUGCUCUCAUACGCAUGGAGAAGCGCACCAAAGAAUCGACCGACGCUGCUGCUUUUGCCUGCGAGGCUGCGUCGUCCAUUCGAACAGUCUCAUCUCUCUCACUCGAGACACACCUUCUGGAGCAGUACCGCAAGAAGCUGGGUGAACAAGCGGUUGGCAACAUGCGCUUCACCCACAUCUCGGCAAUACUCUAUGCGCUCUCACAGGGUCUGUCCUUAUUCAUCUUUGCCCUGGUCUUCUGGUAUGGAGGAGGCCUCAUGUUGAGCAUGGAGUACACUGUUGUACAGUUCUUCAUUGUCUACUCCGCGAUCAUCAACGGUGCCAACUCCGCUGGAGCUAUAUUUUCAUUUGCUCCUGAUAUGGGCGAGGCCCGCGACGCCGCACAGUUGCUCAAGACCUUCUUGAACAGGGUACCGAAGAUUGACUCUUGGUCAACAGAGGGCAAACAGAUCGAUAGCUUGCAAGGAAGUGUCGAGCUACAGAACGUGCGCUUUCAUUACCCUGGCCGACGAGAUCACAAGGUUCUUCGUGACGUCAGCCUCACCGCUGAUCCAGGACAGUUCAUUGCUCUUGUCGGCGCCAGCGGCAGUGGAAAGUCUACUGUUAUGGCACUAUUGGAGCGCUUUUACGACCCAACAUCCGGAGCGGUGCUUGUGGAUGGCGUUGAUUUGCGCGAAUACAACAUACAAGAUUACCGAUCGCAGUUGGCCAUUGUCUCGCAAGAAUCUAUACUCUACACAGGGACAAUCCGGGAGAAUAUUUUGGCCGAUAAAGAGGAUGUCUCGGAUGAAGCUGUGGAGCGUGCCUGCAAAGACGCAAACAUCUACGAGUUCAUCACCUCACUGCCCGACGGUUUCAACACCCUAGUCGGCGCGAAAGGUGCCCUUCUCUCUGGUGGUCAACGCCAGCGCAUCGCCAUCGCUCGCGCACUCCUACGCGAUCCUAAAAUCCUCCUUCUUGACGAAGCUACAUCAGCUUUGGACAGUUCUUCCGAGCGCGUUGUUCAAGCUGCUCUCGAUGCCGCUGCAAAAGGAAGAACUACUAUUGCUAUCGCGCAUCGUCUUAGUACUAUUCAGCACGCCGAUGUGAUCUUUGUGUUCGACCAAGGCAAGAUUGUGGAGAAGGGACGCCACGAUGAGUUGGUUGCAAGCAAAGGUGUGUAUUGGGAGUUGGCACGGUUGCAGGCCAUGGGUGCACCGCAGUAG